AUGCCGCCUCCGAGUGGGCACUUGCUGCUCCCCAAGAUAUGGAGAGCAGCAAGGUUUGCCUACGAGAAGGCCUCCAAGGCCAUCAAAGCCAAACUACCAGAACCUACACAAUCCACGCCUUUACGAUAUCAGCCGGCCUAUGCCCGCGUCACUCCUCGCCAGCCCAUCAAUCGCGCCGCGGCCAUCCGCCAGGCCCGUAGUCGCCACUUCUCCACCCGCGCAGCCGGUGCCUUCGUCUCGGCGAUCCGAUUUGGAUUGCAACCCGAAACUGCUGCCCAGAAGACUUCUAGCGUGGCCUUUAAUAUUAGUCGACUUACGAGCCGUGCGCCAUUUGCGUCUACUCUCCGCCCCAACUUGACGGGCGGCACUCUAGGCCGCACGGCAGGAGGGUAUGCUAUUGGCGCCGGCCGUAUCGGCGGCGCCCGAUACUUCUCUCACGGGCCUGCAGCACCAGCCCAAGUUAUUCAAAAUGUGUCGCAGGGGGUCCGUGCAUUCUUCUUGUCUGGGAAGAAAGUUCGAUUCGAUGGCAUUGACCCUCGCACGGGUGAGAAGCGCUACAAGGGCGUGAGCGCCCUGCAGGACCAGGCAGAGCGGAAGAUGACUACUAUCCCACGCACUGCUCCCGGAUCGCACAUUGACUUCCAGCUUUCUCCCACCAUCACUGCUUUUGGCGCUCUCGCUGGUAUGAACAAGGAGACCACCGCAGCUUCGGAGGAGACUUUGAACUCGGACGGUUUCAUGGACUUGCUGUCUGCCGACAUUGCGCGUGCCCUGAAGGAAUUUGCCGUCGUUCUCAACGAUCUCAAACGCUUGUCUUCACUUGGGGAUCUUCCAAUUGCUCUUCAUGACCGGUCCACCAUUCGCGUACGGUUCCCUGGCUGCGAUGCGCAGACCGUUGAGCGUCUGUGCGACGAAGCGGGUGUGCAACGAGGCAGGAUCGUGCAGGAUGAAGACUUUGAACUCCGCACCGGUGCCGACCUAGCUCUCCUGUUCCCCUUCGCUCCGAGCAUGGCCGCGUCCUCCGACACGGAUUACUUCUUCGAACAGGCCCCGAAGCUACAAUCUCGAUCUCCCGAAGGCCUUGAUUGGCAAGGUAUGAUGUCUCCAGAGGAUGGCGUCUUCUCGUCAUCACCUGGUGACUCCGGCCACGCCAUCAGCUUCGAGGAUAGCGAGCUCUUCGGUGCCAACCCGUGGAAGUCUCCCCAAUCAGGCUACUCGAGCAUCAACAUCAGCGAGCUUGGCGAUCGUGCUUACUUCCCGGAAAUCUCCAGUCCUGGUAUGCCGGCUAGUGCGUCCGAGUAUGAGGGAGUUGAGGGCAUCUACAAGUUUCUGGCGGAGUGUGAUCGAGCACAGCAUUGA